UACUCGCACAUACGUAGGUAUUGCAAAAUGUGUUACUUUUCUUGGAUUACAACGGUAAAAUCACGCGGCCUAAUCUGCAACUAAAAAGCUACACCGUACGUUGAUCCUCUGUCUUCGCGUGACAGUAUAGUGUAGUUCUUUUGUUCGGAAGAAUUUGGCGUGAGAAUGCCAUUUAUUCAGUACUUAACAAGAUUAAUUGGAUACAUAUGUUAAAUGUGCAGUGGAUUCCAUUCAUUGGUCAUACUGUUUCCGAUCAUUUGACAUGAGCCUUACAACGAUGAUUUACCUCGAAGAUAUAAAAAUAUGACCUGGUUAACAAGAUCAAGAAUAGACAAUUAUCAAAGAAUGGAUGUGGACGAGAUCGUUCCAGGCGUAUACAUAUCCGGAUGUGGUCCUGCAGCUAAUGAGGAAAUUCUAAAGCGUCUUCAGGUAACCCACGUGGUCAACAUGGCUUCCCUAUUUAGAAACAAGUUUCCGGAAUCGUUUUCCUAUCUAAAAAUAAACAUAGAAGACACUGAAGAUGAACCAAUUCAGACACAUUUUUCUACAGUGUUUAGAUUUAUUGACAGCUCUUUAACUCUAGAGGGACGAACACUUAUUCACUGCAAUGCAGGGGUGUCAAGGGCAGGAACCAUGGUAACGGCUUAUGUCAUGAAAAGCAAGGGCUUGGGUCUUAAAGACGCUUUGAAAUUUGUUCGGUCCAAAAGGAAGAACAAUCCGACCAUUCCAAACGACGGCUUCAUGAAAGAACUUAAAAAAUAUGAAAAGCAACUGAUUGCAAAUGGUGUUAUCAAGUGAACAACUUCAGAACCCCAACAGUAUACACGUUAAAGCACAUCCUGUGAAAGAUGUCUAGCUACCCGAGUAAACAGAUUGCAAGGGUAGAAAAAAAAGACGAUUCCAGGUGUUGACGGGGAAUGUUUCUCCAAGGAUAACUCAAUAGAGUGACAUGAAGAUGAAGGAGCUAGUCCUCUUCUAUAAGAUGUUCAAAUACAAUGGACUUUUUGUGAGCAGAAAUUGCUGUUGUUUCUUACAUUCGGAAAAUUAAUGAAAAUAAUGAGUUCAAUUACUUAUCUAUGGUCUUAUACAAUGCUAAAACUAUUUUCGUCUAUUACAAAUCGUGUAAUUGACUGUAAAUAGCAUUUUUUAAAAUCGUACUACUAAAGGGCAAAUCAUUCUACGCUAUAACUACGCUAUAAGUAGAACUCAUUAGUAUGCAGUGUUUAGGGCUUCCUUAAGUGGAAAAAUGGUUAAUAAACCAGAUGUGCAUAUUUUUUACACAUUUUUUAUU